GCCAUAGUUUUUGGUUAUUACAUUAUUCUUCUUCUUCUUCUUCUUCUUCUUUCAAACCCCUCCUGACCUAAGAAGAGAAGAAACCCCAUAACCAUGGAGGACUACAGCUACAACAGAUCAAGGUCUUACGGCUAUGGAGGUGGUGGGGUGAUGAGGAUGGAGUUGGACCACUACUACGGCCCAACCAGAGCUCCUCCACUGCCACCACCACCCGGCUUCCAAACCCAGAUGGCAAACAGAGACCGGAACUUGAAGAAAGGCAAGACCUUUUCUGGGUCUUCUUCUUCUUCCAAGCCAUGGAGCUUUGAUGGUGACCGUGAGUUUCAGAGGAAGAAGAGGGUUGCAAGCUAUAAAAUGUACUCUGUUGAGGGGAAGAUGAAGGGCUCCUUCAGAAAAAGUUUCAGGUGGCUCAAAGAUAAGUACACUCAAGUUCUCUAUGGCUGGUGAUGAUGAUGAUGAUGAUGAUGAUGAUGAAGGUGAUGAUCACUCAAAAAUUGAAGCUUUUGAAAUUUUGAUUUUGUGUUUGUUUUUGAGUUUUUCUUGAGUUUAUGGAGUUUAGAUUCAUGGGUUGUGAUUAGAAUUUUGAUUUUUUUUGGUUGAAUUUAGUUGUAAAUUGGGGUAGAUAGCAAAACUUGAUUUAUCUACUUGUGUUGUUGUUGUUAUUAUUAUUAUUAUUUUUUGGAUUA